UUGCUGGAAAGAACACUGACAGCUUGAAAGCAAAAUGAAGUUCUUUCUAUUGCUUUCAGCCAUUGGAUUCUGCUGGGCUCAGUAUGCCCCAAAUACCGAAUCUGGACGGACAUCUAUUGUCCAUCUGUUUGAGUGGCGCUGGGUUGAUAUUGCUCUUGAAUGUGAGCGAUACUUAGCUCCCAAAGGAUUUGGAGGGGUUCAGGUUUCCCCACCCAAUGAAAAUGCGGUAAUUAAUAACCCUUCAAGACCUUGGUGGGAAAGAUACCAACCAGUUAGCUACAAGUUAUGUACAAGAUCAGGAAAUGAGGAUGAAUUCAAAGACAUGGUGACUAGAUGUAACAACGUUGGUGUCCGUAUUUACGUGGAUGCUAUAAUUAAUCAUAUGUGUGGAAAUGGUGUGGCUGAAGGAACGAGCAGUACUUGUAGGAGUUACUUCAACCCUGGAACUGAGGAUUUUCCAGCAGUCCCAUACUCUGGUUGGGAUUUUAAUGGUGGUAAAUGUAAAACUGGAAGUGGAGACAUUGAGAGCUAUAAUGAUGCUUCUCAGGUCCGAGAUUGUCGUCUGCUUGGUCUUCUUGAUCUUGCACUGGAGAAAGAUUAUGUGCGCUUCACGAUUGCUGAAUAUCUGAACCGUCUCAUUGACAUUGGUGUAGCAGGGUUCAGAAUUGAUGCUUCUAAGCACAUGUGGCCUGGAGACAUGAAGGCGAUUUUGGAUAAACUGCAUAAUCUAAACACAAGAUGGUUCCCUGCAGGAAGUAAACCUUUCAUUUACCAGGAGGUAAUUGAUCUGGGUGGUGAGCCAAUUAAAAGCAGUGAGUACUUUGGAAAUGGCCGUGUGACAGAAUUUAAAUAUGGUGCAAAACUAGGCACAGUUCUGCGCAAGUGGAAUGGAGAGAAGAUGUCUUACUUAAAGAACUGGGGAGAAGGCUGGGGUUUCAUGCCUUCUGACAGAGCACUUGUCUUUGUUGAUAACCAUGACAAUCAGCGAGGGCGUGGAGCUGGGGGAGCAUCUAUUCUUACAUUCUGGGACCCUAGACUGUACAAAAUGGGAGUUGGAUUUAUGCUCGCUCAUCCCUACGGAUUUACACGAGUAAUGUCAAGCUACCGUUGGCCAAGACAUUUUGAAAAUGGACAAGAUGUUAAUGAUUGGAUUGGGCCACCAAAUGAUAAUGGAGUCAUUAAAGAAGUUACUAUUAAUCCAGAUACUACUUGUGGCAAUGACUGGAUCUGUGAACAUCGAUGGCGUCAAAUAAGGAACAUGGUUGUGUUCCGUAAUGUAGUUGAUGGCCAACCUUUAACAAACUGGUGGGAUAAUGGUAGCAACCAAGUAGCUUUUGGAAGAGGAAACAGAGGAUUCAUUGUCUUUAACAAUGAUGACUGGGCAUUAUAUUCAACUUUGCAAACUGGUCUUCCUGCUGGUACAUAUUGUGAUGUCAUUUCUGGAGAUAAAAUUGGUAACGAUUGUACAGGAAUUAAAAUCUAUGUUUCCGGCGAUGGCAAUGCUAAUUUUUCUAUUAGUAACUCUGCUGAAGAUCCAUUUAUUGUGAUUCAUGCUGAAUCUAAAUUAUAAAGUUUGAAUUAAAUACGUACACACAGAGAAAU